AUGGCCCUGAACCGCGUCACCAUGGCCGCCCGUUCUGCCGUACCGGUCAUAAUUUUGAAGAAUCUUCUUCCUUGGCAUACGAUUCCUGUCCAGGGCUUGCAGGACACGAUCAAAAUAGUCGCGCUAGAUCUCGCGGACAGGCCAGCCUGGUAUAAGGACAAAGUCUACACAGAGAACAAGGUGCCUGCCCUGGAGCACAACAAGCAGGUGAUAGGGGAGAGCUUGGAUCUGCUCAAAUACAUCGACAACAAUUUCGAUGGCCCAGCAUUGCUCCCUCAUGAUUCUGCGAAGAAACAAUUUGCCGAGGAACUGCUUGCGUACAGCGACAGUUUCAACGCCAGCGCCUUCUUCUCAUGCCUACGCUCCAAGGGAGAUGUGACAGACGAAGCUGUUACUGCUGUUGAUAAAAUAGAGGCUGCCCUGGGAAAGUUCAGCGAUGGCCCUUUCUUCCUUGGCCAGUUCAGCUUGGUCGACAUUGCAUAUGUGCCAUUCAUCGAAAGGCUUCAGAUAUCCUAUUCUGGCAUCAAGAACUACGAUAUCGUUGGGGGCAGACCCAACCUUGGCAGUUUCAUCGAGGAAGCCAACAAGAGAUCAACGCGUAUACACAAACCAAACUGCACACACAAGUUUCGCUUCAUAUAAUCAAAGAGAAGUUUGGAGUACGUUAUCUUGCAAUUUUUUAGCGUUGGAUCAUGCCAUCUUCCAACCUCAACCACACAUACACUUCGACUUUGACUUUUAGAUUCCUUAAUGAUUGUGGUGGCCAAGGAACAACGACCAGGAAACAGCUUCAGAAUUUUAUGUAGCAGAUGAAUACACAGGAGUGUUUUCGCCUGUUGAAUGUUGUGCCAUGCUGUUAGAGAACAAAUAUAUAAACACGAUCGUACCGUAAUCUUUCCUUGCCAGGUGUGCUUGUCAUAUCUGUCCAUAUCUGAAAUUGCAUAUCACCAGUAGAUCGUAAUGGCGGUAUUGUGUAAGCCCUAUUGUUUGUCCAUUGAGCUAUAAAA